AUGGGCGGCCGGUGGAUGCCCUCAGGCCGGCCCCCUUCUCCUCCUCCGAGGGUCUGCGGGGUCCUCACGGCUCCCCCCACCUCACCUGCCUGCUCUGUCCCUCUGCCCCCGACGGCUGCCCAGAGCGGCAGCAGGGCUCACCCCAGAACUGGCCCCGACAGUAGCUGCUCAGCCCAGGGCUCAGUGGGGCAGUCCGGUGGUCAGGACACAGAGCCGGCCUGGUCAGGCUCUUCAGGUAGCCUCCUGCAAGGGCCUGUGGGUUUCAAGGGGGAGUGUGUGUGCACUGUAUGGCGAGUGUGGCCUCAGGGUCCCACCUGGCUCCCUGCCCCGCAGCCCCCUCACACUCUUCCUGCUCCCAGCCCGUCUGUCUGGGCGCUCGUGCCCGGCCUGGCCCCCACACUGAGCCCGCGCCUGGAGCAUGGUCCUCGCUCUGCUCUCUUCUCCUCACAGAAGCUGAAGCAAGAGCACGAGGAUGUGGAAGUGGAUUCUGAGGACCCCCAGCUCACGCCCGGAAAUGAGGACGGGCCAGAGGCCGCCCUGCGGAGCGCUCUGAGGAUGAGGAAGGACCUUCUGCAGAGACUCUGGGAACAGCACCUCCUGGAAGAGGUCUCCCGGGCCCGCGCCUGGAGGGGGCUGGACGGAGGAGCCCGUGGGUCAGUGCUGCCCCCAGAGGUGCCCCCUGUGGGUGUCCACCCCGCUGUCUCCCCGGCCCCACCGCAGAUCACCCAACACCCAGCACCCCCACCUCCCACCACCAUCAUCCAGCAGCUGCCUCAGCAGCCACUCAUCGCACAGAUCCCCCCUCCCCAGGCCUUCCCCACUCAGCAGUCUGGAAGUGUCAAGGAAGACAUGGUGGAGAUGAUGCUGAUGCAGAGCGCACAGAUGCACCAGAUCCUCAUGCAGAACCUGAUGCUCAGAGCCCUGCCCCCAUCAGCACUCGCGCCCGCCCCCCUGCGCCUCCCCCCACAGGAACCACGUGGAGGGGAGGGGAGCCCAGGAGCAGCCGGGGGCCCACUGAAACGCCCUGGUGUGUGUCAUGCUGAGGACCCGCAGUGGGCUCGCCCCGCCGUCCUGCGAGCCAAGAGGCAGAAGCCGCCCUCUGUGUGCCACCAUCACCACUACGCGCCCCCAGCCCCGCUGCAGGCCAGCCCCACUCCUGGCUCCCCAGCGGGUUACUCCACGUGGCCCCCGGUGGUCUCCGCCACUGCCCUCCCUCCUGCUGCCAGCUUCCUGCCCACCGUGUGGCACGUGGCCCGUCCCUCAGUGGCUGCCCUUGGCACGGCUGUGUCCGACGGCGUCCUGCCCACACAGGCUCCAGGCCUGUGACCCCACCGCGGGCUCGGGCGCCCCUGGGCUGACCUCGGCCCCGUGCAGCUGCCCAGCGAGGAGAGGGCCAGGGCCUGCGUGCCUGAGUGCAGCUCGUCUCGACAGACGACAGACGCCGCUGUCUUCUUAAAUAUGCAGUUAAACGUCUGAGCCGAUUUCCUGAUUUUCAUGUUGAUGUUUUCUUUCUUUCUUUCUCCCCCAGCACUGCGGCCUGCGGGGGGCGGGGAAUGGGCACCAGGGAAUUCCCAUUCAGUCUGACGUUUUCUAACAUGGCUUUUCCCUUUGGUUUUAUUUCUCAACGUAAUUAUUAAUUCAAUAGAGGGAAGAGAUUGGACAGAAGUUCACCAUGUUUGGAUGGUCUGGUAAAUUGGAAAAACUCAGUUUUGUUUACCUCCCAAGUCAGGAAAGCCCCGCCUUCCCUCCUAUGUCUUUCUCACCUGUGAGUGUCCUUUACUUUCACACAGAACAUUUCACUUCCGUCACCAAAUGUGUGGGGUUUCCCCACAUCAAGCAGUCCUCUGUGACCCCCGCAUGGGUGUCCUACAGUCCAGUUCUGACACCACCCACCGGGAGAUGGUGUCGGAUCCCACGGGUUAAGGGCUCAGUCACAAAUCCAGGCUGCCACCUGUGUCCCCGUGGAGUGGGGUGUGUCACCCUCCUGGUAUGCGGCUGUGUCUGCCGACCUGGCCCCCCCGAGCCUUAUGCUGUGGGGGCUGCACGCAGGCCUGAUCCACGGGCACCUCCAUCUCUAGUCCCCUCCCUACUCUGGAGAAUGGGCGUGGGGCGGCGCUGUAAGCUCCAAGGGUCUCAUCCUGGCUCGGUCUUCCCGGCGACCAGCCUCCACCCAGGAGCCGCCCAGAGUCACCUCAUUAGGACAAAAGGGGCUGCUGGUGCUCCUGUCACUUGGGAAUUUAUGAGGAGCGCCACGUCAGGAGCCAGGGGCAGGUACCAACAUACAUGUUUCCUACGACCGCACAGCUGGCCUUGCUGGGCCAACCGGGUUGAAGGAAACAUGUUCCUGAGUCCGGGAGAGUCCGGUGCCGGGAAAAGCCCGGCAAGGCCACCAUUGGGGGGCGCAGGAGGGGCGGUCACUGCUGCGGACGGCCCGGGCGGGAAAGCGCCCCGAGGCAUGCCAACCGGGGAAGCCGAAGAGGUCUGAGCAGGCCCUGGGCGUGGGGGAGGCGGGUUCCGGGGCCCGGGUGCCGGGAGUACGGUGGUGGCAUGGCGCGAUACCGCAGCAUGAGACGACAUGGCCAUCUGGUUUUGUCCUGGUUCCUGGCACAGAGCUCGUAAAACCUUUGGAUUCCUGCGACUGUGCUAACGAGGUGACUCGGGCGCUGGACAGCUUCAGGUGGGGCUCGUCGCCGGAGAAGCCAGCCCUGAUGAGAGGCUGGAACUCAGGCCCCGCCCCCAGCCUCAGGGAGGGGAGGGGCUGGAGGCUGAGCCAAUCAGCAGAGGCCAGCGAUUUAAUCAAGCCCCGCCACCCUAGCAGAGCCUCCACAAAACCCCUAGAAGAUGGGGCUGGUGAACACAUCUGGGGGGUGCACCCCAGCUCCACGGGGACAUAAGCCCCCAGAUGUCACCCUAUGGACGCCUCCAUCUGGCUGUCCAUCUGUGUCCCUUGUAAGAAACCCGUGUCUCCCUGAGUUCUGUGGGCCAUUCUAGCAAAUUACUGAACCAGAGGCGGGGGCUGUGGGAAGCCCUGGCUUCUGGCGGCGCUGGACAGUGGGUCCCCUGGGCUAGAGUGGGGGGCAGUCUUGUGGGCCUGACCUCCGCCUGUGGGGGCUGCACUGGCUCCUGGCACUUAGUGGCAAGUGUUGGGAGAAAACUUCCUUUGACCAGCUAUGCCUGGCACCCUGGCGGGGCUGCUGCCGGGGGUCCCCUCAGCAAGAUGUCGAGGACACGAAGCGAGAGGCGCUGCACGUGCUCAGCGGCCUGCGGACCUGGCACAGCACCUCCAGGGCGUCACGGCCUUGGGAGCUGAAUCUAGAACACACUUAGGACAGUAAAGGGCUGGGGAUGCCAGCGACACCCAGAGCAGGAGCCCUGCUCUGGCAAUGCUGGGUUUGCAGGAAGCUCUGGGACGUGACAGCACGUGCCCGGGCGGGGUGGGCAGACGGCACGGCUGCUGACAGACCGUGGGGCGGCCUUCUCUCAGAUUCAGGUCGUAUUCUGUACUAAAAUUCAAGGCAUGUUUUCAACCAUAUAUAAAAACGCCCCAGAAUUAAUAAGAAAAAAGAAAAACCAGUAGAGAAUGGGCAAUAAGACCUGACCAGUCACCCUUCUGGUGGAGGGGAUGCCGAUGGAGACGGUCACUGGUGACAAGAGAAAUGCAGGAUGGCCACAGUGCACAUGUGGACACCAUCCAAGCAGAGGGUCAGGGCACACGCAGGUUGCUCGGUACCUGACACCAGGUAGCAGGACCUGGGGGCCACUACUACGGCUGCUGGUGGGGACAAACCAUCCAGCCCUGGGGAAACACUCAUAGGCAUCAGCUAUAAAGCUGGACCUCCCGCCUCCAGCUCCCAGCAAUUCUGCUCAGGCCCAUGCCCAGGAGAAAACCUGCCUGUGUUCCGGACAUGACCAGAGGUUCUGGAGGGUCAGCUCCAAUGGCAGGUGGUGACCUCCAAAUACUCGCUGAUAGGACCAGUGGGUCUCAGGACCCCUUCAGUCCCUUAAAAAGGCCUGGGGAGAGCUUUGUGGGGUUAGCUUUGGUCUUUGCCAUGUUAGACUUUAAACCGAGAACGAGCUUAACUGACGACAAAUAGGUCACGUGGCCAAUGAUUCAGGAACAUGACAGGGCUCGUGUUCCCGAGAGCCAGGGAAAGUCCAGGCUCAGGACACAAAUCCAGUGGGAAACACGUUUUCAUGUUUCUGAUCGAUUUAUGGGAGAAACCAAAUUCUUAGAAUCAUAGUACUUGGGGUUUCAGGGUCCCCGAGAGGCUGUGUUUUAUCGCCAUGACCAGUUCAGAGCUCCUUGGAGGGUCUGUGGCGCUGUGGUCAGUGCUUGGAGGCCCCGGGUUGGCUCGGCGCCCGCCCCUUCCAGAUCUGCUUCCACCCGUGAUGCCCGAAGCUUGUGCACAGCUCUGGAUAAAGCUCUGGGGUAAACUCCUGGGUUUAUUUUCAUAUUCACACGGCAGGAUAUACUGACAGGAGGGAGGCUUUCCUACAGGAGGAUGGGACAUGGCAGUCGGAGCUCUGCCAUGCCGGGGCCACGGCAAUGGACUCGAGCACAGUCUGUGAGCAACUGCCUGACCGCGACCGAUGGGUAUGGGUGGGUG